CUGGUCGCUCCUUAUUCUGACCACAUCACCCUCUUCGAUUUUAUUUCUUUGUUUACCAGUUCCUCCCUGCUCCUUUCUGUUCCUUUCUGCUUCUGGCGGUCAAUCCACUAUCCAUCAUCCUUCAUUCAUUGUCUUGUGUUGUACUGUAUAUACAUCACCCCAAUCAUCUCUUACUAUCACCAGCUCCUGCCUCUCAACAUCCAACCACAAACCCCUUUUAUCUUUAUUCUCUCCCAAUCACCUCAAACCCCCCACAUAUCCCCCUCAGACUUUCUUUCGACAUGGCUGCUCGACCUGAUAUCCGUCUCGAUGGCAAGGUUGCCUUGAUCACCGGUGCAGGCCGUGGCCUUGGUUCUGGCCUCGCUAAGAUCCUGUCUGAGCGAGGUGCUGCCGUCGUCAUCAACUACGCUUCAUCUGCUAAGCCCGCCUUGGCCACUGUUGCUGAGAUUGAAAAGUCUGGCGGUCGUGCCGUGGCUAUCCAGGCCAACGUUUCAAAGGUCCCCGAAGUCACCAAGCUCUUCGAAGAGGCCAUCAAGGCUUUUGGUAAGCUUGACAUUGUCAUCAACAAUGCCGGUACCGAAGCCUUCGCCAAACCCGAGGAUGUCACCGAGGAGCUGUACGACCAGGUCUUUGGCCUCAACACACGUGCCCAGUUCUUCGUUGGCCAGCACGCUCUCAAGUACUUGAGCGAGGGUGGACGAAUCAUUUUCAUGUCUUCGAUCGCUGCUGGCAUGUCAGUCCCCAACCAUGCUUUGUAUGCCGGCUCCAAGUCUGCUGUCGAAGGUUUUACUCGCUCCUUCGCUGCCGAUGGUGGUCCCAAGCGAAUCACCGCCAACGCCAUUGCUCCUGGUGGCAUCAAGACUGACAUGUUCGCCCAAAAUGCCUGGCACUACGCCCCUGGUGCCACCAAGGACACCCCUCUGGAGUCCAUUGAGGCUGGUAUUGCCAAGCUGAUUCCUCUCGGACGUGUUGCUGUUCCCCAGGACAUUGCCAAGGUGGUCAUGUUCUUGUGCCACGACGAUAGCGAAUGGCUCAAUGGUCAAAUCAUUCGUCUCAGCGGUGGUGGUGCUGCUUAGAUCUUUCUCCGCAGUCUCCGCAGUCGAAUCAUUCAAAUACAUAGAAACUUUGGAAUCUUUUGGACUUGAUAGGCGACGACUCCUCUACAUCGACAAAAGUUCCUUUUUGUGGUCUGGCAGAUUUCGAUCCGGUGAGGCAGAGGCUUUGCCGGUCGAUGGCAGGGUAAGGAUCGUCCAAGGGGAUUUUUCGGUGACAAUACACUGAAAUCGGAGCAUGAGCUUAUUUCAAAACGCAAUAGAUAUUCAUCAUGAAAGUGACUAUAGAGAGGCCAACGGUGUGAUAGCUCUCGAUCGUCUUCUUCGCGUGUCUGGAUUUGUUUGCAUGCGCCUUGGAUUUGAUAUCGUGGAUAACUGAAACGCCGACGCCGUCCAGGCAUUCAUUGAAUACCUUCUCUUUUUGAA